GGCGCCGUUGUGUGCGUGGAGUGUUGGGCCACAUGGUGCGGCCCAUGCCGACAGAUGUUUCCCCACAUGUCUGAGCUGGCGCGCAAGUAUCGCGCGCGUGGCUUCAAGGUCAUUGGUGUGACGCAGGAGCCCAUGUCGGCCAAUCUGAAGCAGUUUGUUGCCAGCCAGGGCAACAACAUGGACUAUUCUGUGGCUGUCGAUGGCGACGGUGAUGUGCAGGAAAAGCUGAUGAUGCCGGCUGGAGCUCGAGGCAUUCCCCAUGCUUUUCUAAUUGAUUCGCAAGGCAUCAUCCGCUUCUCGGGCCACCCAGCCGAGCCC